AGAGCGGCUCGGAGAGCGAGCGGGGAGGAGAGGGAGGGAGGAGGGAGAGAAAGGGAGAAAGGAAGGAGCAGGCGGGCGCUGCGUGUGUCUGAGUGUGCCAGUGUGAGUGAGUGUGAGUGCCGGGCCCUGCCUCUCCCGCCUCCCCUGCAGAGGGGCCGGGUGGCCUAGGGAGGGCGGGCGGGCUGCUUGGAGGCAGAGGCAGCGAGAGGCGGCGGCGGGCAGAGCCGAGGAGGAGGAGGAGAGAGGAAAGAGCCGAGCAGCCAUUGUUGAGGGAAACCUUGCAAACAAAGAAGGCUCCGGACUCCCCGCGGCCCCCCGUCCCCCAGGCCGGCCCCCUGGCCCCCAGCCCCCGGCCCAGUGGCCAUUGUAACUUUCCCCCCGGGCUGUGGACCCCGCGGGGCGGGCGGAGGCUGUGCAUGCGAGUCUUUGUGCGGCCUGCGGAGUGGAGCUCCCAGCCGGACCGGCCUGUCCCACUCGGGACAUGAGCUGCUGAAGUUGGCUCCACCUUAGUCCUCACCCUUGCCAGGGUCCCUGAGGGCGUCCAGGCGCUCCCCGCACCUCCCCUGACCCCCUCAGUUCUCCCAGGUUGUUCCUCAAAGUCAUUCAAGCUGUACUCGCCGAAGGAGCCCCCGAACGGCAACGCCUUCCCUCCCUUCCAUCCCGGCACCAUGCUGGAUCGGGAUGUGGGCCCAACUCCUAUGUACCCACCUACAUACCUGGAGCCUGGGAUAGGGAGGCACACACCGUAUGGUAACCAAACCGACUAUAGAAUAUUUGAGCUUAACAAACGGCUACAGAACUGGACAGAGGAGUGUGACAAUCUCUGGUGGGACGCUUUCACGACUGAGUUCUUUGAGGAUGAUGCCAUGUUGACCAUCACUUUCUGCCUGGAGGAUGGACCAAAGAGAUAUACCAUUGGCCGGACCCUGAUACCACGCUACUUCCGAAGCAUUUUUGAGGGGGGUGCCACGGAGCUGUACUAUGUUCUUAAGCAUCCCAAGGAGGCAUUCCACAGCAACUUUGUGUCCCUUGACUGUGACCAGGGCAGCAUGGUGACCCAGCACGGCAAACCCAUGUUUACCCAGGUGUGUGUGGAAGGCCGGUUGUAUCUGGAGUUCAUGUUUGACGACAUGAUGCGGAUAAAGACGUGGCACUUCAGUAUCCGGCAGCACAGAGAGCUCAUCCCCAGGAGUAUCCUGGCCAUGCAUGCCCAGGACCCCCAGAUGCUGGAUCAGCUCUCCAAAAACAUUACCCGAUGUGGGCUGUCCAAUUCCACUCUCAACUACCUCCGACUCUGUGUGAUACUCGAGCCCAUGCAGGAACUCAUGUCCCGCCACAAGACCUACAGCCUCAGCCCCCGAGACUGCCUCAAGACCUGCCUUUUCCAGAAGUGGCAGCGAAUGGUAGCACCUCCUGCGGAGCCUGCCCGACAGCAGCCCAGCAAACGGAGGAAACGGAAGAUGUCUGGGGGUAGCACCAUGAGCUCGGGGGGUGGCAACACCAACAACAGCAACAGCAAGAAGAAGAGCCCAGCCAGCACCUUCGCUCUCUCCAGCCAGGUACCUGAUGUGAUGGUGGUGGGGGAGCCCACCCUGAUGGGCGGGGAGUUCGGGGACGAGGACGAGAGGCUCAUCACUCGGCUGGAGAACACCCAGUUUGACGCGGCCAACGGCAUUGACGACGAAGACAGCUUUAACAACUCCCCUGCCCUGGGCGCCAACAGCCCCUGGAACAGCAAGCCUCCAUCCAGCCAAGAAAGCAAAUCGGAGAACCCCACGUCACAGGCUUCCCAGUAAAGCAAAUCGGAGAGCCCAGGCCACAGGCUUCCCAGUAAAGCAAAUCGGAGAGCCCCACGCCACAGGCUUUCCAGUAAAGCAAAUUGGAGAGCCCAGGCCACAGGCUUCCCAGUAAAGCAAAUCGGAGAGCCCCACGUUGUUCUGCCUGCCUGCCCCUCACAGCUCCAGGGAGCAGAAGACAGAACGAAGAGACUGGGCGUCUAACAUGGGCAACCUCCUUCCACCCACUUCAGGGAGGGACUGGACUCGCUGGGGGCAGGUGCCAAGAUUUGCCCCCCAGUUGCCCUGGGCUGGGCCUGGCCCCUGCAGAGCCUUUUGGGGGGAGGGGGUACUCAUGUGGAUGCCUGUGUGGACCCUGGGCCUCUGAGAAAUGUCCUGACCCUCCUCUCCCCAGGGCAUUUGCCCCCAUUCUUACCCCAGGUUCUGGGUGCCCCAUCUUCCUGAUUUAUCCCUUUGAUCCUGGGGUUUAUACCUGCAGCCCUUAGGGGUUGAAUGUCGGGGCCUGGGUUGAGCACCCUUUCCCUAGGUGGCUGUCAGCAGAGGGUAAAAUUCUGGGCUCCUCCCUUUUGCCACUUACCCAGCUCCAAGUUUUUAAAAAAAAUAAUAUUAUUAAAAAUGUAAAUUAAAAAAACAAAAGUCA